AUGUCUGUACCGCCGCGGGAAACCUCUCCACAUUCGCCUGUCUCGGGCAACUCGUCUCAUUCGCCUCUGGCGAGCGAGACCAGUCUCUAUGGAACUCGUGAACAGCAAGCCUAUGGCUACGAAGAGAAGAACGAUAACGCGGAGAGCCAGCAGUCCUUGCUCUACCGUCAGCAACCCAGUCCAUUUAACGCCCCCUUUGAUGACCCUUAUGCCUCGUCCGAUUCCCUUCGUCGCUACACACUCCAGGAUCCCGGUGUCACCAUCUUCCCUGAUGGCCCAUAUCAAGAGUCAGCCGCUGGGUUGAACCGCCGCUCCGCCGUCGGAUCACCCAUGUCAGAGACUCCGUCAGAAGCCUGGCAAAAUCGACAGGCGCCGAGCUCCGGGGACUGCGCCGCUAUGCCACCCGGUUCGGUUUUGAGUGUGGACUACCCGGUUCCAAGUGCAAUUCAGAAUGCGAUCCAGAAGGAAUAUCGGGAGUCAGAGGAAGGAUUCCCGGAAGAAUUCACCCACUUGCGCUAUACCGCGGCCACUUGUGAUCCCGACGAGUUCACCCUACGGAACGGAUACAACCUGCGACCGGCUAUGUACAACAGACACACAGAGCUUCUGAUUGCGGUUACUUAUUACAACGAAGACAAAGUUCUGACAGCCCGGACAUUGCACGGUGUUAUGCAGAAUAUCCGGGAUAUCGUCAACCUGAAAAAGUCCGAAUUUUGGAACAAGGGUGGUCCGGCCUGGCAAAAGAUUGUUUGCUGCUUGGUAUUCGAUGGAAUUGACCCUUGUGACAAAAACACUCUGGACAUGCUGGCAACAAUCGGUAUCUAUCAAGAUGGUAUCAUGAAGCGUUCCGUCGACGGACGGGAAACUGUUGCCCAUAUCUUCGAAUACACCACACAACUUUCAGUGACCGCCAACCAGCAACUGAUCCGGCCUCAGGGUAACGAGUCAACCAACCUUCCCCCCGUCCAGAUGAUCUUCUGUCUCAAGCAAAAGAACUCCAAAAAGAUCAACUCUCACCGCUGGCUAUUCAACGGCUUCAGUCGCAUCCUUAACCCCGAGGUAGUGAUUCUGAUCGAUGCCGGCACUAAACCCGGAAAGAAAUCGCUUCUUGCUCUAUGGGAAUCCUUCUACAACGAUAAGAACCUAGGUGGAUCAUGUGGCGAGAUUCACGCUAUGUUAGGAAAAGGAUGGAAGAACCUAAUGAAUCCUCUUGUCGCCGCGCAGAACUUCGAGUACAAAAUUUCCAACAUCCUCGACAAGCCGCUAGAGAGUGCUUUCGGUUACGUCAGUGUGUUACCGGGUGCCUUCUCUGCGUACCGUUAUCGCGCAAUUAUGGGUCGUCCCCUCGAGCAGUACUUCCACGGUGACCACACUCUCUCGAAGCAACUAGGCAAGAAGGGUAUCGAAGGCAUGAAUAUCUUCAAAAAAAACAUGUUCCUUGCCGAGGAUCGUAUUCUAUGUUUCGAACUUGUCGCCAAAGCUGGUUUCAAAUGGCAUUUGACCUAUGUUAAGGCGUCUAAGGGUGAGACUGACGUACCAGAGGGCGCAGCUGAAUUCAUCAGUCAACGUCGUCGAUGGUUGAACGGUUCAUUCGCUGCUAGUUUAUAUGCCAUGAUGCAUUUCGGACGUAUCUACAAGAGUGGGCAUAACAUUCUGCGGCUGUUCUUCCUGCAUAUCCAAAUGAUGUACAACUUUGCCGGUCUUGUCAUGACCUGGUUCUCUCUUGCUUCGUUCUGGCUGACCACUUCGGUUAUCAUGGAUCUUGUCGGAACACCUAGUUCCGCCAACAAAAAUAAGGGAUGGCCCUUCGGUAAUGAGGCUUCUCCAAUUGUGAACAACUUCUUGAAGUAUGGCUAUGUUUUCUUCUUGAUGCUGCAAUUCAUUCUGGCGCUAGGAAAUAGACCUAAAGGUUCUCGUUUGGCCUACACGCUCUCGUUUGUCUACUUCAGUAUCGUUCAAACCUAUAUCAUGGUCCUUUCAUUCUAUCUCGUCAAGAAUGCCUUUACUGGAGGUACCCUUGAUUUCUCCCUGGACGAUGGUGUUGGGGCAUUCCUUUCAUCAUUCUUUAGUUCCAGCGGUGCUGGUAUUGUUCUGAUCGCCUUGGUCUCUACCUAUGGUAUUUACUUCAUCGCCAGUUUCUUGUACAUGGACCCUUGGCACAUGUUCACAUCUUCCUGGGCGUACUUUGCUGGUAUGACUUGCUCUAUCAACAUUUUGAUGGUUUACGCUUUCUGUAACUGGCAUGACGUUUCUUGGGGUACUAAGGGAUCAGACAAGGGUGACUCGCUUCCAGUUGUUGAGACUAAGAAGGACGAUGCCAAGUCGAACUUCAUUGAAGAAGUUGAUAAGCCGCAAGCCGAUAUUGACAGUCAGUUUGAAGCGACGGUUAAACGUGCCUUGGAACCAUAUGUGGAGCCAGAAGAGCAAGAUGAACGAAGCAUGGACGACGGUUAUAAGGCUUUCCGAACCAACCUGGUGUUGAUCUGGAUCUUCAGUAACCUGAUUCUCGCGCUGUGCAUCACUAGUGAAGGCAUCACUCGUUUCUGUCUUACGAACACAUCUACAGUUCGUACCUCCAAAUAUUUCGCUGCCAUUCUGUGGACGACCGCCGGCCUGUCGAUUUUCCGCUUCAUUGGAUCUUUGUGGUUCUUGGGCAAGUCUGGUAUUUUGUGCUGUGUUUCCCGACGCUAG